UGGAUAAGACGGCUUCAAACUCUAACAGGCGGGGGAUCCGACUUCAAACAACAUAUCGUUUUUCCUGUCAGAUAAAAAAAAAAUUUCACUAAAACUCUCGACGUCUUCCUCUCUUCUUUGUUUCUGUUAGGGUUAGCACACUCUCUCUCUGUAUCUUGCUCCCCGAUUGAUCGAACUGAGCUUAGAAAAUCUUAAAAUCCCUAAUCCUCUCACUUUCAGCAGGUACAAGAUUCUAUCCUAUUGUUUUUUCUCUCUUUCUUGAAAUUAGCAUGAACUGUUGCCUGCUGGCUUCGAUUUAUUGGAUCAGAUUACAACUAUAGCCGUCAAUUCAAUUAACCAUGUCUCGUCGAAGAGACGAAGACGACGACCUUGAAGAUGAAGAGUAUGAGGAGCAGGAAGAGCAAGUAAUGGAUGAAGAAGAGGAGGAAUAUUAUGAGGGUGAAGAAGAGGAAGAUAUAGGAGCGUCGAUUAAGAAGAGACGGAGAUCAGAUUUCUUUGAUGAUAUUGCGGAGGAGGAGGAGGAGGAAGAGGAAGAUGAGGAUGAUGAGGAUUAUGGUGGUGGUGGUGGUGGUGGAGGAGGUGGUGGUGGUAGGAAGCAGAAGGGGAAGAAGCGGCGUGGCUCAGAGUUUUUUGAUGAUAUUGCUCAAGUUGCCAGUGAUGACGAGGAGGAUGAAGAUGAUGGCGAGGACGAUUUUAUAGUUGACGAUCACGGAGCUGAUUUACCUGAUGAGGGUAGUGGUAGAAGGAUGCAUCGUAGGCCGUUACUGCCUGCAGAAGAGGAUCAAGAAGAUGUUGAAGCACUUGAGAGAAGUAUUCAAGCAAGAUAUGCAAAGUCAAUGCACUCAGAAUAUGAUGAAGAGACUACGGAAGUGGAGCAACAAGCUCUUUUGCCAUCUGUUCGGGAUCCGAAAUUAUGGAUGGUUAAGUGUGCGAUUGGCCGUGAACGGGAGACGGCUGUUUGUUUAAUGCAAAAAUACAUUGAUAAAGGAUCGGAGUUGCAAAUUCGGUCUGCUAUUGCUCUUGAUCAUCUUAAAAACUAUAUAUAUAUUGAAGCAGACAAAGAAGCCCAUGUGAGAGAGGCUUGUAAAGGCUUGCGCAAUAUUUUUGGGCAGAAAAUCAUGCUUGUUCCAAUCAAAGAAAUGACUGAUGUUCUUUCAGUUGAAAGCCAAGUGAUUGAUCUUUCAAGGGACACCUGGGUCAGAAUGAAGAUUGGGAAUUACAAAGGGGACCUUGCCAAAGUUGUAGAUGUAGAUAAUGUCCGGCAGAGAGUUACAGUAAAGUUAAUUCCAAGGAUUGACUUGCAGGCUCUUGCAAACAAACUGGAAGGCAGAGAAGCGCCAAAAAAGAAGGCAUUUGUACCUCCUCCACGUUUUAUGAAUGUUGAAGAAGCUAGGGAAUUACAUAUUCGUGUAGAACGCAGAAGAGAUCCAAUGACCGGUGAUUAUUUUGAAAAUAUUGGCGGGAUGCUUUUUAAAGAUGGUUUCUUGUAUAAAACUGUAUCAAUGAAGUCAAUUAGUGCUCAGAACAUUAAGCCAUCAUUUGAUGAGCUUGAGAAGUUUCGUACACCUGGAGAGAAUGGAGAUGGUGAUAUUGCCAGUUUGUCAACCUUGUUUGCAAACAGAAAGAAGGGCCAUUUUAUGAAGGGUGAUGCAGUUAUUGUUGUCAAGGGAGAUCUGAAAAAUCUAAAGGGAUGGGUUGAGAAAGUUGAUGAAGAAAAUGUACAUAUUAGACCUGAAAUGAAGGGUCUUCCGAAAACACUUGCAGUAAAUGAAAAGGAAUUGUGCAAGUAUUUUGAACCUGGCAAUCACGUGAAGGUUGUCUCAGGCACACAUGAAGGUGCAACUGGCAUGGUUGUUAAGGUUGAGCAGCAUGUGCUCAUUAUUCUGUCUGAUACAACAAAGGAACAUAUCCGUGUAUUUGCUGAUGAUGUUGUGGAAAGUUCUGAGGUAACUACAGGAGCUACCAACAUUGGGGGCUAUGAGCUUCACGAUCUUGUGCUGUUGGAUAAUAUGAGCUUCGGUUUAAUUAUUCGUGUAGAAAGUGAAGCCUUUCAGGUUCUCAAGGGAGUUCCAGAGAGACCUGAUGUUGCACUUGUUAGACUGAGAGAGAUCAAAUGCAAAAUUGAGAAGAAAACCAAUGUCCAAGAUCGGUACAAGAACACUGUAUCUGUGAAAGAUGUUGUUAGGAUCAUUGAUGGUCCUUGCAAAGGAAAACAAGGUCCUGUAGAACACAUAUAUAGAGGAGUUCUGUUCAUCUAUGAUCGGCAUCACCUUGAGCAUGCUGGGUUUAUUUGUGCUAAAUCCCAUUCCUGUGUGGUUGUUGGAGGAUCACGUUCCAAUGGAGAUAGAAAUGGUGAUUCCUAUUCAAGAUUGAGCAGUUUUAAAACUCCUCCCCGAGUACCCCCGUCACCAAAGAGAUUUUCUAGAGGAGGUCCUCCAUUUGAGUCUGGAGGAAGAAAUAGAGGUGGACGGGGAGGGCAUGAUGCUUUGGUUGGUACCACAAUAAAGGUACGACAGGGUCCUUUCAAGGGUUACCGUGGGCGUGUUGUAGAUAUCAAAGGUCAACUUGUUAGAGUUGAACUGGAAUCACAAAUGAAAGUUGUUACAGUUGAUCGGAGCCACAUCUCAGAUAAUGUGGUUGUUUCAACUCCAUACCGCGAUACACUUCGAUAUGGUAUGGGAAGUGAAACCCCAAUGCAUCCUUCUCGGACUCCAUUGCGUCCAUACAUGACACCAAAGAGAGAUGCUGGAGCGACACCUAUUCAUGAUGGCAUGAGGACACCUAUGCGUGAUCGGGCCUGGAAUCCUUAUGCACCAAUGAGUCCUCUGAGGGAUAAUUGGGAAGAUGGGAAUCCUGGGUCUUGGGGAACCAGUCCGCAGUAUCAGCCAGGAAGCCCUCCCUCUGGAACAUAUGAAGCUCCAACUCCUGGUUCAGGCUGGGCUAGCACUCCUGGUGGUAAUUAUAGUGAAGCUGGAACACCAAGAGAUAGCAGUUCUGCCUAUGCCAAUGCUCCAAGCCCAUACCUGCCAUCAACUCCUGGCGGCCAGCCUAUGACACCUGGCUCAGCAUCCUACCUCCCUGGCACUCCUGGAGGGCAACUAAUGACACCUGGAACUAAUGGUCUUGAUAUGAUGUCUCCUGUUAUAGGUGGAGAUGGUGAAGGACCAUGGUUCAUACCCGACAUAUUGGUGAACGUACACAGGACCACAGAUGAACCGACUGUUGGUAUCAUCAGGGAGGUGCUUCAGGAUGGCUCUUGUAAAAUAGCCCUUGGGGCAAAUGGCAACGGCGAGACAUUAACUGCUCUUCCUAGUGAAAUUGAGAUAGUAGUGCCUAGGAAAUCAGACAAGAUCAAGAUCUUGGGUGGUGCACAUCGUGGUGUUACUGGCAAGUUAAUUGGUGUGGAUGGCACUGAUGGAAUUGUAAAGUUGGAGGACACUCUUGAUGUUAAGAUAUUAGACAUGGCCAUACUAGCUAAACUUGCACAAAUGUGAUUUUUGUCAUAAUACGCAUAAAUUAAAAUUCAA